AUGAGCAAAGCCGAGAUACAAUCCUGGAUUUCAUCCGCGACAACCUCCUCAACAGGAAACGGAGAAGACCAGGAACAAGUAUGGCAGAGGGAUCAGGUGCUAAACGACUGGUCAAGGUCGCUAGAAUACGCGCAAAACUAUCUCUUGAACGAAAAAACGAAAGCCAGGACUGUGUUCUUGCGCGAUGAGAUUUUGUCGCUUGCGAAACAUGCAGAUCUGACGCUGUCUCAAAUAUUGGAUAUUUUCAAGUUGCUGACCCUCACAUAUCCACGGUACUCGGACGCUGCUUCCCGCGAUGCUGUCGAAGCUGUGGCGAUCGAAUUGGUCCGGAGAGAUGAACUGCGCGGCACAGAGGAAGGGGCUAAGGAUGAGGUUCGGUUGGGAGUUGCAGAGCAGGUUUUAGGAUGGUUCUCAAAUGAGGUCGGAAAAUUGGCAAAGAAGGGGAAUUCAGAUUCAUGUGCGCCUUCAGAUCUGUUCGUUCUUCACAGUUGGGCCUGUGGAUUGUUCACGGUUUGCGUGAAGCAUAAUCCACAUUUCGCUGCCUCCAACUCAUGGCGUGUGCUCGCUGGAUCAAUGGGUAUUCUUUUCGAUAUGCUCAGCGACUCCUCGAAAGCGAAACCAGCGGUUAAAAAAGGUGUCCUUACACGAACACGGAGAGCACUCAGGGCGGCAGGAUUUUCCAAAGUUCCCGAAUUUAUUUCUACUCUCCUAGAAAUUUCAAAAGGCAGCCAAACGCCAACACGAAUGGUUCCCCUUCUGGGUGUAGCUGUCAGCGUCCUUAUCCGUUUGAAAAACGUCUCAGUAGAACCGGUUCAGCGACUUCCCAUUGAAUCAAAAGAUAGAAUUGUUGAACUCUACACGUCUGCGAUCCUCAUGUCGAAAACUUCCCUACCUGAUCACACCAUAUCAUCACUCAACGACUUUGUUUCCACCUUCAUCACGUCCGAUGAUUUCACUAAAGCCAUUCACCCUACCAUCGAGAAGGCCAUGUUGCGGUCCCCAGAACACUGUCUCCCCGCUGUUACACAAUUUUUUGUCUCAUACAAGCACCCACUAUCUGUCGAAUCUUUCCAACGCUUACUAACGCAGAUCAUCAGCAGUGCAAAGUCCAGCAACCCGAUUGUCCGUACCAACUCUGUGCAUCUCUUCAAAGCAUUAAUUGCUCUCAGCGAUCCUUCGGAUCCUCACAAUCUAUCUCGUAUUGCUGUUACAGAACUCAUUGCUUUACCAAAGACCGGAAAGUCCGCGGGCCCCGACCACAGAGUAGCGCUCUAUUCGAUGCUCUCCAACAUUUCACCAGCCACUGAUGUCUCCUCCACACUCGUUGACGCGGCUUCCGUUCUUAUUCCCAAAGAACCGCACGAAGGAGCUACAGCUGUUUUGGCUAGCGUUUUGCCAGCACACGUUCUUUUCCUGCUCCACAAGAAUGCUCUUUCUACUGCAGCCGUCCAAUUCAUCGCCAAAGAAAUGACCAAUACUAAAGUCGCUGUCCGCAAAGCCUUCGUUGGUCUGGCUGGGUCCAUCUUAAUUUCUGAACCGGGUAUUAUAGAGUCGGAGAGUGGUGCUGCGUUUGCAAAGGGGCUGCUUCCAUCAUUUGAGGCCUGUUUGAAGACAGUCAGCGGAAAUCCCCUCAAUGCCCCAGGUGGUCCUUAUGAAGGCUAUGUGGCUGUGACUGUGCUUCUUGGUUCCUUUGCUGCAUCCAAGCAAUUUGCUUCUGUCAUCGCUCAGAACCCUGCCAUUACUGCGAUCACAAGUAGCGGCGUCAAACAGCCUUUCCUGCUAUGGGACAAGGUAUACCAAAAGGUGGCGGAAGAAGACGAUGAACUAUGGCUUUUGAAGGCCUGCGACGCUUCCCUUCAGUAUUUUUCCUCGGAACUCUCAAAGAACGAGCACUUGCGGCAAUCUAGCACCCAACUGGGUCUUGUAUAUAUCCACUUAGGUGUCGAAAGUCGACAUCCAGAGGUCCGGAAAUUGGUCAAUAGCUCUCUAGUCAAUGCAACAGCUCGUGCACCUCAACUAACAGAUCGAAUCAUCCGCGAGGCCUUGUCAUCAUUUAUCAUUCGUGCUUCUGUAUCACACAAAACUGCCAGUGGUAGCAUCUCGGAAGAAUCUUCUCAACCUUGGAAUAAAAACUCGCGGCUAUCCACUUUGCUGCUGAGCAUUGUUACAUUCGGUGAAGAAGUUGGCGCUACACUACGAGAGAACGUUGUCGUGGAAUUGAUUAUUCUUGCCCAUCAUAAUCUUAUAUGUGCAUCUGAUGGGCAGACAUGGGUUGACAUUUGUCAGAAAGCCGGUGUUGACCCUCGGGAGGUCGUCGACAAACACCUGGAUAAGGUCAUGCGAUUAUUGUUGGAUGCAACUACUGCUACUUCGAAGGCAUGUCUCUUUCAUCCCGGGUUUGCGGAGGCAGCGUACGCAGCCGUUACUACAUUGGCGUUCAUUUCUCCCGCCCUUGUCCUCUCGUGUAUUGUAGAUCAACUGAAGGAUGACCUGAACCCAGACAUCCUUAAGGCCAUUUCUGAUGAAGAUCUUGCUAUCUGGGCAACCCCUGAAGGCACUACAUAUGUUGAUGUUCUAUCAUCGACCCAAGCGGAAGUCCGAACUAACAAAGGUAAAGACUACGAAAUCGCAAAAUGGGAAGAAGAAAUCCGCAAGUCUCUAGCAACGAAGAAAGCUACCCCUGUGACUUUGACCAGGCAGCAGCAGGCCCUUGUUCAGGCGCAACUUGAGAAAGAAGCAAAGAUACGGCAGCAUGUUUCCGGUAUUCAGUCUCGUCUUACACGUGGACUUCACCUCGUCCGUAGCUUGGUUUCAUCUCGAGUUGAGGAAUUCCAGUCGCAUAUGUCCUCGAUUGUUUCGUUGCUUUUGGAUGGCGCUUUGAACAGGGGUUCGUUCCUUGCGGGUACAGUGGCUUUCGAGACCUAUUUGGAGCUUGCCAAAAGCACGACGGAGCGACUUGACUCAAUCAGUAGAUGGAUCGGAAUUGCGACUCUUCGAUGCCUCCAAAUUGGAGCUGUCCCAGAAGAACUCCAGGCAGAGCCUCUUCAUAAGCUGGUCAUUCGUGUUCUCUAUCGCCUUCGAUUCUUAUCCGAGCAAUCGCCGUUUGACGCUGCCACUUUCUCAUACACUUUUCCUCUUCUCAGCAAAAUUCUGACAGGGGGUGGUAUACCCGGUAAAAAAGGGGACAAUGACGAGGAAGAUGAGGAUGAAGACCCCCUGGAACAGGUUGCACUCGCUUUGGAGAUAAUUAAAUUCCAUUGUGGAGAAUUUUCCAACACCGCUUUCCCGCGAUUGCAAACAAUCGAUAAUCUCAUCCACGUCAUUCGUCAACAACCUAACCUUGGGAAAGAAGCCUCGUCUUCUCUAAUUGAACUUGGCGAGGCGAUUUAUGGGACGGCGACUCAUGACGAGAUCCAAGUUCUUCUUCGAGGCACUUUAUUCCAAGAGUCGUAUGUUCGAAAUUCAUGUCUACAAGCCAUACAGCCAUUCGAUUUGACAGAGAUGGACUGGUCCGCUGAGCUUUGGAUUGCUUGCCAUGAUGAUGAUGAACAAAACAAAAGACUGGCUCGUCAUGUUUGGGAUGAUAAUGGAUUUGAUAUCCUGGAAUCCUUCCUCGACGAUUUGGUAGAAUUCCUGGGACAUGAUAAUGCGUAUGUACGCUCCAGUGUAGCCGCCGCAAUUGCGGAGGCGGUGGAACAGUGGCCGCAAACUAUUUCGAAUACUGUCAUAGUUUUACAGAAUUACUACCGUGAAAAGGCCAAAGUCCUUGCACCAGAGUUUGACCAAUAUGGCAUGGUUAUUGCGCAAAGCCUCGAUCGUGCCGAUCCAUGGCCUGCACGUUUAGCUGCAUCGCAAGCAUUCAAACAAUUGGCGUCAUCCUUUACCGACUCUGAGAUAGAACCAUUCAUCAAAUUCUUGAUCGAAGACCAAGCGCUUGGAGACCGCGCGCCAGAAGUCCGUCGAGGAAUGCUGGCCGCUGGGACACAAGUAAUCGACUUACAUGGCGCCAGUCGUCUAGCAGCUUUGGUCGCUAUCUUCGAAGAUCGUCUCGGCAAAUCCUCAUACACUUCUGAAACCGAUGAUUUUAUCAAAGAAGCUGUGGUCAUUUUACUCGGUCGUGUUGCCAGACAUUUAGAGGCUUCAGACUCAAGAGUAACCGAAAUCGUGGACCGACUCGUUGAUGCCCUAAAAACUCCAUCAGAGCAAGUUCAAAUCGCAGUUUCGGAAUGUUUAUCACCUCUGGUAACUCUGAUGCGACCUCGACUGCCUACUUUGGUUGACACUCUUUUUGACGACCUUUUCAAUGCCCCCAAAUACGCCACUAGGCGUGGUGCUGCUUAUGGGCUGGCUGGUGUCAUCAAUGGCACCGGAAUCGGCGGUAUGAAAGAGUUCAACAUCAUCAGCAGAUUGAAAAUUGCAGCGGAAGACAAAAAGCGUUAUGAACCUCGCCAAGGUGUCAUGUUUGCCUUUGAAACUCUGUCAAACACGUUAGGCCGCCUUUUCGAACCAUACAUCACUUUUGUUCUUCCACUUUUGUUAACUUCCUUCGGAGACUCGACAGCAGACGUUCGCGAAGCUGCUCAAGAUGCCUCAAGAGUGAUCAUGGGCAAUCUAUCUGGUUAUGGAGUCAAGCUUAUUCUUCCUACACUUCUGGAAGGUUUAGACGAAAAACAAUGGCGCUCCAAGAAAGGAUCCAUCGAACUGUUAGGAAUGAUGGCUUACUGCUCGCCUCGUCAAUUGUCCAUUUCUUUACCAAUUGUCAUUCCGCGACUGACAGGUGUUUUGACGGACUCCCAUGCCCAAGUGCGCACUUCUGCCAAUAAAAGCUUGAAGCAAUUCGGCGAGGUCAUCAGCAACCCAGAAAUUCAAUCCCUCGUGCCAGUCUUACUCAAGGCAUUAGUAGACCCGGCGAAGACUCCAAAUGCUUUGGGAUCCUUGUUGAAGACAUCCUUUAUGCACUAUAUUGACCACUCUUCGCUUGCACUGGUUGUACCUAUACUGGAAAGGGGUCUUAGAGAACGUGGUGCGGAUACAAAAAAGAAAGCUGCUCAGAUUGUUGGAAACCUUGCUUCCCUCACCGAUGCCAAAGACUUUGUGCCAUAUCUGGAUGAACUUCUUCCUCUAGUGCAUCAAGUCCUUGUUGAUCCCGUUCCUGAGGCUCGCGCGACUGCUGCCAAAGCCUUAGGUACAUUGGUCGAACGCCUAGGAGAGAUACACUUCCCAGAUCUUGUUCCCGGUUUGUUAAGGACCUUGAAGACAGAUACUUCAGGCGUCGACAGACAAGGUGCCGCCCAGGGACUGAGUGAAGUCCUUUCAGGUCUUGGCAUGGAGCGCCUCGAGGGCCUCUUACCGGAUAUCAUUGCCAAUUCACGUUCCCCUCGUCCCACUGUCAGGGAAGGCUUCAUGUCUCUCCUCGUUUACUUACCUGCGACCUUUGGAAGUCGUUUCCAACCACAUCUUCCCAAAAUUAUUGCUCCUAUUCUCGGUGGUCUGGCAGAUACCGAAGAGUAUGUUCGCGAAGCUGCCAUGCGUGCAGGACGCAUGGUUGUGACAAACUAUUCUAGCAAGGCUAUCGAUUUAUUACUUCCGGAACUUGAAAGUGGCAUGUUCGAUCCUGGUUGGCGCAUUCGCCAAUCUUCGAUUACUCUUGUUGGAGAGCUUUUGUUCAAAGUUUCUGGCAUUUCUGGCAAGACGUCCGAAUUGGAUGAAGAUGAAGCAGCAGCCGAAGCAACUACAGCCGAAUCUUCCCGUCGUGCCCUCUUGGAAGUACUUGGUGCCGAACGAAGGGACAGGAUUCUUGCGGCUCUAUAUCUGGUUCGUCAAGAUGGUGUGGUGGUAGUGAGGCAAUCCUCCAUUCAGAUCUGGAAGGCACUUGUGCACAAUACGCCGAAGACAGUCAGGGAACUUCUUCCAGAGCUCGUCACUCAGAUUAUAUUCCUCAUUUCCUCUGAUGAGUUUGAACAGCAAGAGACUGCUAGCAGAACUGUUGCUGAGGUUUGCCGCAAGUUUGGUGAAAGAAUCAUUGGAGACAUUAUGCCUAUCCUCAAGACAAAAGCAACUUCAUCGGACCCUCGUACUCGUGAAGGUGUUUCUUUGACUGUCAGCCAGAUCAUGCAAAAUUCCACUGAAACGCAAAGAGAAGACCAUGAAGAUGAUAUCAUUUCGAUUGUUCGUGCGGCGCUCGUCGACGAUGAAGCCAAUGUUCGUACAGCAGGUGCCCAGGCAUUCGACGUCUUACAAGAGGAGUUGGGCACAAAGGCGAUUGACCAGACUAUCCCCACUCUGUUGGAGGCUCUUCGUCAACCAGGCAAGAGUUCAGGGACUGCCUUGCAAGCCCUCACGGAAGUCAUGAACGUUCGUGCCACGACAGUCUUCCCUGUAUUAAUCCCCACUUUGACAGCCAUUCCGAUGACUGUUUUCAAUGCUCGUGCUCUGGCGUCACUGGUGACAGUCGCAGGCAAUGCUUUGAGCAAGCGCCUUACCACUAUCUUGAAUGCGCUAGUCAAAGUCUCCGAGGAUGAUAUCGAAGACGAGCUUCGGGAGGCUGUUGGAGAAGCCACAGAAGCCUUGUUCUCAUCUGUCAAUGAUGCAGAAGGCCUCAACACUGUAAUGAUGCUUUUAAUUGGAUGGGCAAAACACGAAUCCCCAAAACGUCGAGUUAGCGCCUGCAAUCUUUUCACUGUGUUUUGUCAAGCGUCAGAGUUGGAUUCGUCUCUGUACAGGGUUGAUUGGAUUCGUCAACUCGUUUCGCUUCUCGAUGAUUCUCAAGUAGACGUAUAUACAGCUGCAUGGAAUGCGUUCGAUUCAUUCGUCAAGUCCAUGCCAAAAGACGAGCUGGAACCACUAGUUGUACCACUACGACGCACCAUAGAAUCAACCGGUGCUCCGGGUCGAACAGUCCCUGGCUUUGAUCUACCAAAGGGUGUCGCUCCCACAGUCCCUAUCAUCAUUGCCGGUCUUACCACUGGAAGCAACGAACAGAGAGAGCAAGCCGCAUAUGCCAUUGGAGACCUCGUUGAGAGGACGGAGGAAAAUGCCAUGAAACCCUUCGUCGUGCCAUUCACCGGACCUUUAAUCAGGGUAGCAACACAAGCAAUGGGAUACCCUCCGGGUGUCAAAAUUGCAAUUUUGAGCGCCUUGACUUCGAUGUUGGAACGUAUCCCAGCCUUUGUCAAGCCUUUCUUCCCGCAGUUGCAGAGGACCUUUGUCAAAAGUACCAGCGAUCCAGCCAGCGCCGCUGUUCGUGCGAAAGCUGCUGAAGCGCUCGGCGUGUUGAUGAAGAACCAGCCACGAGUGGAUCCCGUCAUCACAGAACUGAUUACGGGAGCAAAAGGAAACGAAGAUUCCAUCUCGACCAGUUUCAUCUGGGCUCUCUCCCAUGUCAUGCAUAACGCAUCUCAAAACGUCGGGGACAAGGCUCGGGAAUCAUGCAUUGAAUUAGUUGCAGAAUCAUUCCGUGAAACGCAUAGCGAGCACUAUUGCGAAGCUGUUGGAGCACUUGUCAAAUCACUUUCUGAUAAACCAGAUCUUCUGAGGACAAUUGUUGAAACACAUCUCAUUUUUGGAACGCCACCUUCAAUAAUGUCGUCCCAAGUGAUAUUGGGAGUCAUAAGGGAGGAUGAUGACGCGGACAGUUCAGAAAGACCCAAUCUGUUCCAGAAACUCAAACUUUUGCGAGCUGUAGCUCAAAAGGUACUGGAAAGUGCGGCCCAUGAAAAACCGUUCAUUGCUCGGCCUGCACGGGAGGCGCGCGAUUUGAUAAAAGAACUAGAUGAUGCCAGUCUUCUUGGUCUUUUCUAA